AUUCAUUGCCAUUCACACAAAAAUCCUUUCCGUCAAGUACUGUAAAGAAGAUUUCAAAUGGCCAAUGAUAAUUUGACAGCAAUAUUUUGCCGAGGUGAACUUCGCCUGGAAAACAAACCUGUGCCUGAACCUGCAGCAGAUGAGGUCCUAAUUGGAAUUCAUUCUGUUGGCAUUUGUGGUUCUGAUAUUCACUGCUGGAAAAAGGGGAGGAUUUGCAGUCUAACUUGUGAAGGUCCUUUGAUAUUAGGACAUGAAUCGAGUGGUACUAUCGUAAAAGUUGGUGAUAAAGUUCAAAACUUAAAACCGGGAGAUCGAGUUUGCAUCGAAUUCGGUAGACCCUGCAAAACGUGCGAAUUUUGUAAAAGUGGACGCUAUAAUCUUUGUGAACUUACGAAAUUCGGUGCACCUUUCGAUGGAUCUCUUUCACAAUAUUAUUGCCAGAUAGCGGACUUUUGUUUCAA